AUGGAAUACACUGAAGAAGAAUUGAAAGCUGCGUUAGUAGAAACCAGGGAAAAGUUAUUUAAUAUCAUAGAAUGUUUGUUUGAGCUCGGCAUAUUAGUUUCUGAUACUGAAGAAACAGAUUUAGCGAAGAGAGCAUUGAAUUUCAAGUUUGAGCAAACUGUUACAAAUUUAAAUCAAUUGCUUAAUUUCAAAAGAAAUGAGCUCUCAAGUGUCAAGAUUCCUCUAGACAUCAUUCAGUAUAUUGAUAUGGGCAGAAAUCCUAAUAUCUAUACAAGAGAAUUUGUUGAAUCCACACGGAAAAUGAAUCAAUAUUUGAGAGGUAAAAUGACUGCCAUGAAACUCUUUAGAGAUACUUUAAGUGAUAAAAUAAUAUUAGAAUUUCCAGAAUUGACUGAUACAGUCAAUGGAGUUGUUGAGCGAACAUCUCCAAAUAAUAACUAA